GUGGUAAUUGUUAAUAAUAAUAAUCCUAGUCUUCGUCCACGGCCCAAAUGCCCCUCCCCCUCCGUCGAAUUGCAACAUCGCUUAGGGAGUACAGACCCUUCUUGUCACUUCCGUUCCACAUCAAGGGCAAUUUGACAUCUCACACAAUUUCUGAUUCAACCGUACGCCGCUUAUCUUCUUCUCACGCAUUCUACGGACAUAUCCGCGAUUCAAAGAUGGCACCACAACUUGAGCCAUUUUUCAAACAGUGAGCCCAACGUCCCCUUGCUCCCAGCCUAUCCCUCCUUCUGUCGUGCUUCACCAUCUUGAAAUGUUUUCGUCACUCCUGCUCCAUCGGUCCUCACCAUCCUCGCCAUAUACCAUGUGACACUUGUGGCUUCCUGUUAUAAGCGACCAUAAAUGACCGGUUUUGAACAUAUUUAAUGCUUAUUUCAUACAGGGUCGACGACCUAUCCGGUUCCUUCAUUGAUAGGCUACGAAAGGCUGUUGCCAUUCCAUCGAUCUCUGCGCAGGAUGAGAACAGAAAAGAUGUCUUCAAGAUGGCCCAGUUUCUCGCCUCCGAGCUUGAAGCUUUGGGUGCUGAAGUGGAGCAACGACCGCUAGGCAAGCAGCCCGGCAAGGAGCACCUUGAUCUACCUCCAGUUGUAGUCGCUCGGUAUGGUAACGACAAGAAUAAGCGCACUAUUCUCGUCUACGGUCAUUAUGAUGUUCAGCCUGCCUUGAAAGAAGACGGCUGGGCGACAGAGCCCUUUGAGUUGACUGUCGAUGAUCAGGGAAGGAUGUUUGGACGUGGAAGCACUGACGACAAAGGACCAGUCUUGGGAUGGCUGAACGUGAUUGAAGCUCACAAAAAGGCGGGUGUGGAUUUCCCGGUCAAUCUCCUUUGCUGUUUCGAGGGCAUGGAAGAAUACGGCUCGGAAGGCUUGGAGGAGUUCAUCCAAACCGAAAGUAAGAAAUUCUUCAAGGACGCAGAUGCCGUUUGUAUCUCGGACAACUACUGGCUGGGAACAGAGAAGCCUUGCCUGACUUAUGGUCUUCGCGGUUGUAAUUACUACUCCGUAAGUGUUUCAGGCCCUGCUCAGGAUCUACACAGCGGAGUAUUCGGAGGCUCUGCCCAUGAGCCGAUGACAGACCUGGUCAAUAUUCUCUCCAAACUUGUCGAUCCGAAGGGCAAAAUCCUGAUCCCUGGCAUCAUGGAUCUGGUCGAACCCAUGUCGGAGGAGGAGAAGUCUUUGUAUCCCAAUAUCAGUUACACCAUGGAGAACCUUCAUGAGUCUUUGGGCAGCGAGACAGGCAUUCAUCCUACCAAGGAAGAAACUCUCAUGGCUAGAUGGCGAUACCCUUCUUUGUCUAUCCACGGCAUCGAGGGUGCUUAUUCCGCUCCUGGGGCUAAGACAGUGAUUCCAGCAAAGGUAAUCGGCAAGUUCUCUAUCAGAACAGUGCCAAACAUGGAAAGCGAGGAUGUGAACAAACUUGUCUUUGAUCAUAUCAAGUCAGAGUUCGCCAAACUCAACAGCAAGAACAAGCUAGAUGUUUGGCUACAACAUGACGGGAAAUGGUGGGUGGCCAGUCCGAAGCACUGGAAUUUCACCGCUGCAAGCAAAGCUGUUCAACAGGUCUUUGGUGUCGAGCCCGACAUGACCCGCGAAGGCGGCAGUAUUCCGGUCACAUUGAGCUUUGAGCAAGCUACCGGGAAGAAUGUUUUGCUUCUCCCAAUGGGCAGUUCAACUGAUGCUGCCCAUUCUGUAAACGAGAAGCUUGACAAGAGAAACUACAUUGAAGGGACCAAGUUGUUGGGGGCUUAUCUGCACUACGUUGCAGAGGAACCCAUGAACCACUAGUGAUAUGCACUGCCCGAUCGCAUCCUAGCCUCAAGAUGCAUCUCGAUUGCUUUAGUCUGGUGGACCUUUCCAGCCAUUCCAGCCAUUCCAUCCAGGGAAAUACAUAUAUUGCUUCCUUCAAUCAAGAUCUUCCCUCUUGCCAGCAAAAUAUAGCCUCGUAAAUCUCAAUCAAGCCCUCGCCUGAGGUGAAUGUUAUGUCUGAUUAUCG